ACGGCCAGUUUUUUUGUAUUAAUUUUGUCUUUUUUCCACAUUUCUUGGAACACGCCUUUUUUAAUUUUUUUCGAUAAUUAACGAAUAUCUUAGUGCAGUGCUUCGUUCAAUAAUUAAAAUCUUAUUCAACAUAUUUUUUAUACAUAUUUAUAGUUUGUGAUGUGUUGAUUUGUUUCCACUAAAAUACUAAAUCAUAUUAAAACUUGUUCUAAACUGCUAAACCAAAUAAAACAAAAACAACAUAAACGAACAAAUUAUUCGACGUUUGCGUAGACAUCGACGUUAACCGUCACCUUCAUCCACAACAAUAACAACAACCACUACAAAAUAACAUUGCAAAGCAGCAACAGUAUUAUCAACACAACAACAAAUACAACAAAAAAAUACUGCUGCUAACUAAUAAUAACAAUAAUAAAUAAAAAAUAAAAUAAAAAAAUACAAACAAACGAACGAACCUCUAAAAUAAACGUCAUUUUUUAAACUUGACUCUAACAACCUCCCUCCCAACAAUUAUAACUUCAACAUUGAAAAAUGGAUGAAGAUGACAAUAAUUUGGCCAACAAUGGGGCAACAGUGAGUGGUGCUAACAUAGACAGCGCCGAAGAAGCGCAGGAAGAUUUUGAAGAUGAUGACGAUUUACUGGACACAAUAGAGGUAACUGUGACCACAGAUGGUGCUCCUUUACCACGUGACGACACGGAAGAUAUUGAAAUCAUUAACCUAUCUCCCAACCAACAGCAACCAGACACACAGCAGCAACCUGGCAAUUCAGCCGCUGCCAAUUCUCCAAAUAAUGUCGUCCUCGCUCCUACCCUACUUAAUUUAAGUGAAGAUCUUCACAACUGGCCCUGGGAAAAUGAUGAAAUUGACGAUCCCAUCAUCUCGGGCUCACUUUCCGGAGCCUCCACAUCGUCUCGAGCAAAUGCUUUAAUUUCGGUAAUUUCCUCAUCCGGCCAUAGUGGUGAUGGUAGUGCUGCCGACGAGGCUGCCAGCAGCAGCGGUGGCGCAGUGCCAAGCUAUUGUUUUGAUAAUUCCUCAUUUUGUUCCCGUACUCGCAAAGAAGUGGCUGCUCUCAUUGUAGCCGAAUGCUGUAGUGGUGGCCCAACGCCGGACUUGAAUUAUAUUAUGGAUAGAUUUUUCAAUCCCGGCACAGCCAUCGAUAAUCCAGACAAUAUAUCGAGGAUACGUUGGCUUAUUGCUGGUGGCAGAACUAUAAGCGAUUUUGUGAAAAUUGUUCGCAGUUACGAUAAUCAUGCCAAAUGUGGUUUAGUUUGGGUGCCACACGUUGUGGCUUAUCGAUGUCGCACUUGCGGCAUAUCACCGUGUAUGUCAAUAUGUCGAGACUGCUUCAAGAAAGGCGAUCAUACGAAUCAUGAUUUCAAUAUGUUUCUGUCACAAGCAGGCGGUGCCUGCGAUUGUGGUGACACAUCGGUAAUGAAAGCUGAAGGUUUCUGCAGUGAUCAUGGCAUUAAUAAUCGUGUCAACAAAGAGCCGGUACCGGCCAAUCUUUUGGCUGUCGCCGAGGCAAUAAUGCCAAAAUUGUUAUUUCGCCUUUUGCAACAUUUUCGCGAACACAGUGAUGCCACUUCACAAUCGUUCAUUGUGGUUGCACAAUUGUGUGAUCUCUUCACGAAUAUGCUGAUCGAUUUGAAUAAUAUGGGCGAAAUAAUGCGCAAAGUAAUGACGAGGGCACUCAUCAGUCAAGAGGUGUAUAAACAGUUUGCUGAUGUAAAUUGCCUUAGUACUAGACAUGCUAGAGUCUUGAAAAGGAAUCGUGAAAAAUAUGAAGAGGCUCUUAAUCGUUUUCCCCGACCAGAACCACCCGAUGAUUAUAAACAUUUGCCCGCUCUGGGAGAGAAGCUAGUGCACACAACCCUACUCGAGGAGUUUAUAUUUUGGACAUUUAAAUUUGAAUUUCCCCAAAAUUUGGUGUGCUUUUUGCUCAACAUGUUGCCAGAUCAAGACUACAAGGUACACUUGACCAGAACUUUCGUAAUGCACUACAGUCGGAUACCGUCGGUAUUGGAAAUGUCCAGAGAUCCGGAUACGUUAAGUAAUCGUGUGGUACACAUGAGUGUACAAUUAUUUUCCAAUGAAAGUUUAGCUUUAAAAAUGGUUAAUGAACUAUCACUGCUACAUGUAAUGAUUCUAUCAUUGAAAUUAAUGAUGUCCAAGAUACUCAUACAAAAUACUUUACAUGAUCCUAGGAAGAAUUUCCAUUUUGUUAUUGAUUGCACACGUCAAGUUAUGAAAGAUCAUUGUUAUUGGCCUUUAGUGUCUGACUUUAAUAAUGUUCUUUCCCAUGAAUCAGUGGCUUUGGUUUUCCUGCGUGAUGACAAUCUUAUUGAUAUGUGGUUUCAAUUUCUUUCCAUGCUGCAGGGCAUGAAUGUGAAUGUUCGUGAAACAGCCUCACAUGUAGAAUUUGAACCCAAUUCAUAUUAUGCUGCUUUUUCAUGUGAACUGGAAGCCAGUGCUUAUCCAAUGUGGUCAAUUAUCUCACACUUGCAAGAUGGCAAACAUGCUCAUUUGGCCAAAAAGAUUAUUACCUAUUGUGUUAAUAUGCUGCAUGAAUGGUUGGAUGCCAUUUAUUUUCCAGAACCAAAAAUUUCCCAAGAGGAAAUGCUGCAUGCCUCGUUUCAUUUUCCAUUACAUCGGUAUUUGGCUGCUUUUGUUUGUCAAGCGGUUACCAAAAUGGGCAUGUCUUUGUCGGAAGUUUUACCCACUAGAUCGUAUAUUUUACCAUUAUUGAUGAUGCAUCCUUUAAGAGUGCAGAGUUUUUUCUACGAAAUUUUAGCCGGCAUUUGGGUGCGCAAUGGGCUUCAGAUUAAAGGUCAAGCCAUGACCUACAUACAAGCCAACUUCUGCAAUUCUAUGGCUGAUAUGGAUUUAUUCUUUCUACAGAUUUGUGCCACAAAUUUACCCCAAUAUUUCUUCUUACAAAAUACCAUCGAACUGUUUGGUGUAUCACAAUGGCUGGAGACAGCAGCGCUCAAACAACCCCAGAAAAUGGAACAGACUUCAAUGCUUGAAGGUUUCUUAACAUUCCUAGCCACAUUGGUAACCAGUCGUACAAAUCUGGGCAAUGACGAGGCCACACAGUGUAUCAUUGAGAUAAGUGCUCUUCUGGCCACCGAGAAUAAGACUCAUUCGCAACUGUUAGAACUAAUGCCAGAGCGAUCAGGCAACGUUCAUACAAAGAAUUUCGAAACAUUCUUGAAGAAGUUGUCUGUGUAUAAGGCUCCCUCAUCGGGAUCGGAAAAUUUAGAGCAGGGCUUAUUUACACCCAUCGACGAGGUGUGGGAAGAGUACUACGAUCCCUUACAUGUUCUCUUGAGAGCUGUACACAGGAGAGAUUUUCAAUCAUCAUUAGAUCGUUUUACCAACUAUGUAAAGUCUAAGAACAAAAUGCCUACAAGUGGCAAUUUGUGGCCACCAUUUAGAUUACCCCGACCGGUGGGGCCAGCGUUUAGUGAUCCCUGUCGUAUUUUAAGUUCCCGAGUCUUCCAUUCGACCAUAUUAUCGAUAUUAUAUCGAGCUGUACAUUCGCGUGAUGUAUCAGAACAUUUAUUGGCCUUAGCGAUCUUCCUAUUGGAAAUUGCCAUUGAAACGAGUGAGGAGACCAAUUCAUCCGGCAAUGAUAAUGCGGCCGUCGUAGAAUGUGAAGAUCAGCCCAAGCCCUGCUAUCGUUUUGGCAUGCGCAGAGAUCCUCCAAAGCUGUUCAAAUGUUAUCCAACUGAUAAUCUUAGUUGUAAUUUAAGACAUAUAGUUACGAAGAUUUCACUAAAGUCUCAAGAACCGACAGUGACACCAGCCCACUAUAGGUCAAAUCCUUUCUAUCCGGAUGUCGAUUAUGAUCUAGACGAUAAUACUGCUUCGGCUAUGGAAAUUUCACCAGCUUGGCUAGAAAAUAUGGGACGUAAUUUAAGUGUUGUACAUAGUACUUCGGCUCCAAAUGCAACCACAACUUCUACCGCUAUAGUGCCUAUGCGUUUACAAAACAUGGAAGUGGCAUUGCCGGCCGAUCUGUCAGUGGUGCCCGAAACUGGUCUCGUAAUACGGCAGGAUAGUCAAGACGAUGAUUCUAUACGGGAUGUAUCCAACGCUAUAGAAAGCGCUGGAGCUAAUUCUCCGCCGAUGGAAUUUCGUUUCUCUUUGCAACCCAUAACAAUGGCGGCUGAUACCGGCAUGGAAGUUGUCCUGCGUGAAGGACAAAAUCCCGGCACUUCAACGAAUACUGCCAAUCAACCUAGAAUUCAGCAAGCAGCACAAAAUCAAAGACAAACACAGUCUGAAAUGUUCCCUCCUACCACACCCAAUUCCAUAGGUAGUUUAAUACCCUUCCCUCGCGUACAACCUGUAGCUGUACCAAGUACAAACAUGGACGUUGUACCCUCUAAUCCCACGCUCGGUGUUAGUGCCUUAGGAGCACGCCGAGCAUUUGAUGCCAGCAAUCGUAAGCGUUCGGUGGACAACGCCAUUGAUGGUCUCAGUAAAGAUGAAGUGAUUAUAGAAGAAAGUAUAUUAUCGCUUCUCCUCAAAUUACACUCGCAACUGAGUGGCACUUUAGAUAGUUUUUCAUGUACCGACGCCGAUGAAGAAGAGGAAAAUUGUGAGGCGAUGGGUGAUUCUUUAGCAUCGUCCUCUGCCAUGGAUGUAGACUGUGAAGGCUCCUCGGAACCUUCAACUUCUUCAGCUGCUGCUGCAGCAGCAUCUAGUCAAACAAAGAAACGUAAUAUUAAAGUUUCUGAUUCUCGCGUUGGCGACGGUCCCUACUUCAUAGGUAAUCUUCUGCGCAAGAUUGCGAAACAUGAUGACAUAUGUGCUCAAAACAUCGACGAAAUAAGAUGUAAACUCUGGCCAAAUCAACGCGAAAAACAAGCUGAGGCCAAGGCUAGAGAAGCUAAGGAAAAGGAAGAACGUCGCAAGAGAGCCCGUGAGAGACAAAUGAAAAUGAUGCAAGAUUUUGCCAACAAACAAAAGGAGUUCAUGCAAACUGCUGCUGCCAACAAUAUGGAUGCCGGCAUGGAGGAGGAAGAAGACCUCUAUGAAGAACAGCCCCGCGAAAAAGAAUAUGAUUGCAUUAUAUGCAAUUGCACCACCCCCAGUACGGAAGCAAAUCCCAUUGGCCUAGUAGUGCUGGUUGAAUCUAGUGGCAUUGUCGGCCAUCGGCGAAGGAUAACCGAAAGAUUGCCACUUCCAUUAUCGCCCGAAGAUGAAGAAAGACUAAAGCAUAGUACACGUUUGGCAACCGAAUUCAAUAGACGAACGGAAAUUUUAAGUUUGAAAUUUGGCGAAGAGUCUUGGUAUCUCUCCAAUAAUAUGGCCUACGAAAAUGGUGUUCAUGUGCAAUCGUGUGGUCAUCAUUUACAUUUAAGUUGCUUAGACGCUUACCUAAAGACUUUAUAUGCCAGCCAAAGGCAGCACUUGCACGAAAGAGGAGAAUUUUAUUGUCCUGUUUGCAGGCAGCUUUCAAAUUCAGUUUUGCCACUUAGUCCUCAGUUAGAUCGUCCAACACCGGUUGUGCGUUCUGGUGUUCAACCAUUCGAGCAGUUAGUGUCGGAAUUAACCAACCUUAUAAAGGAGAACGAAAGACCACCGACCUCAACAAAACUAUCCGAAGCGAUGGGCCGUGCAAUGGAAGACAUGACAAAUAUAACAAAUCGUAAAAUGAAACGUGUACCGCCAACGUUCCGCAGUCUGUUUAUAUUUGUUACCUCAAUAGCUCGUACCAAUUUAGAGUCUGAAAUUAUACAACGCGGAGGUUCAUUGUGUACAACAAAUCCCACACGUUAUAAGGCAAAAAGAGACUGUAUUGUACCAUUGCUUCACGUUCUCUCCGUACAUGUACGCGUAUUGGUCGAAUGGCCGUUGUGGAGUUCUUGGGCGUCGUUGGCUGGUAUGCCGGUAACCGAAAGUGCACCAGUACCGUCACAUUGUCGCGAAGUCAUACCGGGACUACUAGCAGAUCCCAUAGCCUUAUUGCUGAAAUUUAUACUUUUAGCACCAUUACAUCUAGAUCAGGAAUAUUUCACUUGUAUGGUGAAAGUUAUGUACAAUUUAUUAUAUUAUCAAAUUGUUGUACAAUUAUGCGUCACCCUGACUGAUCUCGAAUGUGAUUAUAUUUUGGCUAAUUUUAAUACCUCGCCAUCGGCUGAACAGAACACUCUCUCUAGCCGACGUAAUUCUAUGCGUUCACCGAAUAUGUCAUAUUUGGGACGAGCCAUGGCCUUAGUUUUGAAAAACACCAAUCGUCUAUCACACCUUAGACGCGACAGUAUACCAUCCACUUCUGCAGCCGCUUCUGCCGCAAUGGGCGUUAAUAGCGGUUCAGAAGAUGGUCCCUUGGCUGGUGUAGAGGUAAAUCUAAAGUCUAUGGAAACACAGUUGCAGACCCUCUCUCUACCAUUCCUACGUAUAGCUGCUUUAUUGCGUCAACAUUUAUACAGGAACGAUAUGCCGGAAAUUUUAGCACCAGGCCUGGAGUUUGUGCGUUUAGUGUACUACUUAGAAUUGGUCACCGACUCAAUGGAUUGGGAUUGUUUCAAUGCCUCAAAGGGUUUAUGUUUCAUACCCGGCACCGAGGAAUCCCUACCGAAAUUCUGGUGUGAACAACUGAUGAAUAUACGACCACCAACGGAUACAGUACGUGAAUUGGUAUUACUCAAUCAACAUGCUGCCUGGCAACAACCAAAAUUAUUGGAAUUACCUAGAGAAUAUGAAAGAUUAUUUACGUAUUACCAUGAACGCCCCUGUCUUAAUUGCUACAAAGUUCCCAAAGAAAGUUCCAUUUGUUUACUUUGCGGUACCAUAGUGUGUUUAAAACAGAAUUGUUGUGCCGAAAAUGAAUGCUGCGAAGCUGUGAGGCAUACAAUUACUUGCGGUGGUGGCAUUGGUAUAUUCUUGGUUGUUACAUCGACAUAUAUUAUUGUUAUACGUGGUCGACGAGCAUGUCUUUGGGGUUCUCUCUAUUUGGAUGAUUUUGAUGAAGAAGAUCGUGAUCUAAAGCGUGGCAAACCGUUGUAUCUUAGUAGGGAUCGUUUUAAUUUAUUAGAAUCUCAAUGGUUGUCCCAUAAAUUUGCCCACACAAAACAUACUUGGGUAUUCCAUAGGGAUUUAUUGUGAAAUAUGCAAGAUUUAUUACGUAACAUUCAAGACAUGAUGAUAGUUGAAAUUUAAACAAUUUAUAAAAUUAAACUAACCAUAAACAAUUGAAAAUAUAUAUAAUAAUAACAAAUUAUAAUAUUAUUAUAUUUUCCUUCCCCAAACCCCCCUACAUACUAUCUUAUAUCUAUAUAUAAUUUAAAUAAAAUAAUAGUUUAUAAAUAAUAAAUUGAUAUUAAAUUAUAAAUAUGUAUUUUUAAAAUGAACAAAAACACAAGUAAUAGUUAUUGCUAAACGAGAAAAAUAUUAAAUAAUUGAUUAAAAAUUAUAUAGAACAUAUAAAUACAAUAAAUACAAACAUAAAAUAAACAAAAUAUUUAAUUUAAAAA